AUGGUUGUCGGAGAUAAAAGGCCACGGGCCGGAGCGUGCACAACCUGUCGAGUUCGCAAAAGGCGCUGUGUCCCAGCAGGGGACAAGUUCAAUAACUGCGAACUAUGUCUAUCACUAUCUAUUCCAUGCAGUCUCAGCACGGAACCCGGCGUCUUUGCGUCAGCAAACGGCGCUGUGGCAUCUCAUCACCCUGUGGCGGAGAAGCUGCCACCUCCAGAACCGCCCCGGCAUGAGGUCCGGCCAGUGCGCGUUCGGGAAUUGCCGCCCGAGGAGCCGCUGUUGGAUCUGUAUCUGCUGGCGACCCCGGUCCUCUUUCAGGAACUGGUAGCGUUGUACUUUCGUUUCAUCCACAAUGUUGCGCAUACAUUGUUCCACGAGGCGAGCUUUCUUCGUUUGUUGAUUGAGGGCCGAGCGUCCUUGAUUCAUGUGCAUGCCAUGUGUGCGCUCGCUGCGAGAUUCUCCAAGAAUCCCAUCUUUGAUGGCGUUGCUCCGGGAUCCCGUGGUAAAAUAUAUGCCGCGGAAGCUAUUCGCCUGUUCCAGGAGAGAAUGAAUUACGCUAGCCUGGAGACCGUCCAAGGGGCGGUUCUGCUGGGACAUCUUGUCGGAGGUGAGGGAGAUGCCCAGGCGAAGCAGGCUUACAUCGGAAUAGCCCGUGCGCACGCGGAAGUACUGUCAUUGUGGACGAUGCCGCCGAACUCGACUGUCGUUCAUCGCGAGGAGCGUCGCCGGACAUGGCUCUCGAUCCGCGCUGCUGACCCGUGGACCAUCGUUGACAUGUCUGUGAACACAGGCGCCUCUCUGAGUAGCCUGAACGUGCUUCCUGAGGUAGACGACGUGGCAUUCAAUACGUAUGACCCGGAACUCCUGCGGGAGAACUCCGUGCAGUCAUCGUCGCGGAGUGACAUGUGGGCCCAGAUGGCAGGCACUCUGGAGAUCUACACCAGAAUCAGCGUUCUUCUUACACGGCUCAGUCGCGGCGUCAUUACCUUUGACUCCUAUCUGAGUGAGGUUCCUCUGUUGACGGAAUGCUUGGAUGGAUGGGUCAAGAAUCUACCCCCAACCUUGACCUACAGGACCGCAAAUCUCGCUGUCUUCGCCAAACAAGGCCUUGGUCGAACGUUCCUCGCCAUGCAUAUGGAAUACCAGCACUUCCGGCAGAUGCUGUUCUUUCCCUUUCUCGAUGCUCGCGCGAAAGGGACCGCGACAACCAUCGCGGACGGCGUGGCACAGUGCAGAAACAGCGCUCAAUCUGUUUCGCAAAUUAUUGAAUGCUUCUCAAAGGAGGAUGAUUGCAAGCUUGAUUAUUUCCUUUAUAGCCAUGUCGCCAUCGUCAGUUCCUGUGCCCAUAUGCAGACUCUUAUGCUGAGUGAGGAAUUGCCGGAAUUGCGCACGGCACGGCAGCAUCUCGUUUCGAACUUCGAAUACUUGAUGGAUCUGAAGAAGCACUGGCCGGUACUCGGACAGGUUAUCACCCGCCUACGUGACUUUCAAACAACCUACCAAGAUACGAUGUGCGAUCCCUUCGCUUCGGAUAACUGGUUGGCUCGAUUUGUCAUUGAACACACUGCUAUUCUGGCCGAGCGACAAACACCCGGGCAGCAGCCCUUGAACAACAGCGUGCCAAGGACGUCCCAGUACAACACGGGUGAUGAAUCUGGGAUCCUCGGGCUGACAGGAAGCCUCAAAUCCGACUCCACACUUCUAAUCCCGCCAUCGUAUGCCAGGGGUCCCGCCCAAGAAUCUGGAAAAUUGUCUACCCUUCUCGAUGAUCACAGUUUGACGAGCGAGGCGCUUGUGAACAAUGCUCUAAACUGGUUAUUAGAGUGA